CUCUUUUUCUUUUUUCGCCACAUGAGAGACUGGAAAAGCUGAGCCUUUCAAACUCUCUGGCAGACAGAGCUCCUCUUGAAUCUUGAAGGCGGAGGGCUUGAAGGCGAAUGCGUGUGACCUUUCCUUUCCCCCACGUUUGUGUUUAUGCCGCAGCAUUUAGACAAGCUGGAUAUCUGACCGUCUCGGGCUACUCCUGUCUCCCACACAUCUGAUACUCACUCCCCUGUCACACGUCACAUCCUGAGUCAGGUGUUACUCACUUCAGUUGGGGAGUAGGUCUCUCUCUCUCUCUCUCCCAUUUGCAUGAAACAGUGCCAGUGUCCUGACAUUUUUAUUUUUAUAUUUUUAUUUUUUCCUUCUCUUCCUGGAGGGAACCGAAGGAAGGCAAGAGAGACUUCUGCACCGACUCACGGAGACUACCGACUCCGUAUGCCAAGCUUCCUAAAAGAUGUUGAGUCCCCUCCAGAAGUGCGGCUCGGAAGGUUGUCUCCUAGAAUGUGACUUCCUGCCAUGGCACCGGAGCGGCCUUCGGAAGCAACAUCAGAGCUGUGAGGAUCCGGAGCUGAGGAACGACUGUGAAAAUCAGGAGAAACCUUCCACCCCAAGCAUUCGUUUAGAUGACACCGAAGUGGUCAACUGUCCUCAGCUCCCGCUUCAAGACCCGGGAGGGUUCUGGCGCUCUCGAAGCGAGGGACGUUUGGAUCAACAAGGGGCACCAUGCCAAAGGGGGACUGAGGAAGGGGACAAAACAGGAAGUGGGUGGAGCUUGCCAUCCCCCAAAUCUUUGAGGAAAGAGCGGCAACUGGGCGAGAAAGUGGCAGCGGCAAAGCAACACCUAAGGAAUUUCUUUGGAGGAUCAAGCAAAUCACUAGCCUCCAGUGUGGAAUCGGACAUAGGGUCAGACUGUGAUGGCAGCCAUCAGAACGCACAGCAGAAGCAAAAACGUCCCCGAAAGAAGAACAAAAAAAAUUUCCUAAGGUUGUGGAGCUCAGGAAAUCAGGACCUCCAGUCGCUAAGGCCAACUCCCGAGGAAGCCCAAGAAUGGGCAGAAUCUUUAGAAAAACUGCUACUACACCCAUAUGGUCGAGCUGCCUUCCAUGCUUUCUUGAAAUCAGAAUUCAGCGAAGAGAACCUGGACUUCUGGAUGGCCUGUGAAGAUUAUCGAAAACUCCGAGGGUGUGACAAACUCCAGGAGAGUGCAAAAAAGAUUUUUGACCAAUAUAUCACCAUCCAAGCUCCAAAAGAGGUGAACCUUGAUUCCCAGACCAGAGAUGUCACCAAUCGGAACAUUUUGCUUCCCACCCGGUCUUGCUUUGACCAAGCCCAAAAGAGGAUCUUUGGGUUGAUGGAGAAAGAUUCUUAUCCUAGAUUCCUUCGUUCUCUCGUCUAUCAAGAUCUGGUACAGCCUGAUAAAGAGCAGCCGAAUGGCCCCUUGUAAACCUGCCGUAUUCGCCCUUCCUCUUCUUUUCAAGCCCACCUAACAAAGGAGACACCUGGAGACGGCUUUGCUGUUCUGGAUACGGACAAGCCAAGGAAGUUUGGGAGAAAUGGACUGCCUAUUCUGUUGAGAUGGCGAACGUGCCCCGUUCAUAAACAUUAUAGAGGAUAAAAGAAAUGAUGGGCUCUUGCUCAUUUGGCACUGGAUAAGUGGCUUUGAGGGGUCCUUGGUGCUCUCUGAGCUUGCUUGUUUUCUUGUAGACCUUCCAUUCCCCAAACUAGGUAACAUCAUCAGUGCUAGUACAAGUGGCUUUUUUGGGGACUUCAGUAAAAUAUUAGAAUUCUAGAAGGACAAGCAGAAAUCGUGCCCGUUUGGUUCGUACCAAAACGAACGAAAGCAACUUUAUGUCAGGGCCUAUAAAGCUGGGUGAUGCCUGCACUGCUGCUGGGAUGAUAUUGCUCAGGUUAGAAAAAUGAAAUUGUUAGCUGCCUACUGUAUUUAUAAGUCUGUUUCAGCUUGUUUCUCCUCCGACGGGCAGAAAUUCUCCAAUGUCUUAGAGAAGAGUGUUUUCCGUACCCUGUCGUUAUAGAAAUAAUUUGGGAUUGAGGUUGGGACCUUUGUGUGUUUGUCACCCUCGGUGUGUGAAAUUAGGCAUUUUAUAGACUGCCUAGAACAGGGUCUCUCCCACCUGCAGGCCGCGGACCACUAAUGGGCCGUGAGGGGUUUGUAACCGGGCUGUCGAAACGGCCAAUGCACGCGCACUCCGUUUAAGUGAGCGGCAGGUGUGUCUGCAUGCCACUCAUACAAAUGGAGCUGCGCACAUGCGCGCUUGCUAGCCGCUCACACGGAAACAUCCCUUCUCCCCCUCCCUCCUGUCGGUCAGCAAAGCCGGAAACAUUGGCGAAUUCUGGCCUAGGAAAUGUAUAGAAAGCCAAAAAUGGGAUGUCGAAGCAUGAAACGCUUAAUGUUUCAUAGAUUUCCUGGGCACUCUAUGCAAUGCCAAAAGGCAAACAGGCAAAGGAUAAAAUACUCCCACUGAAAAGGCAUUCUAGGAUUCCUUAUUGCAACAUGUAGGUCAGAAAUGGUAUUCUUUUCUUAUUUAUGUUUUUUCAGUAGGAAAAGUCCUGUUGUACUUUGCAUUGCAUGUCUUCGAUCAUUUUGAUCUACGUCUUUUCAGUAAAGGGUUAGGAUUAGGGUUAAGUAUGAAAGGAGAGUCAUGACUUUUCGUGACUCUCUUUUUCAUCCUUUGCCUAAAUAGUUUUUGUCAGUCUGCAUAAUGCCUAGGUAUUAUAUACAAUGCCUGGGAAAUUUAUACUGGUAGUCCUUGACUUGCAACAGUUCAUUUAAGAGCCGUGGCAGCGCAGUGGUUAGAAUGCAGUACUGCAGGCUACUUCUGCUGACUGCCGGCUGCCUGAAAUUUGGCAGUUCAAAUCUCACCAGGCUCAAGGUUGACUCAGCCUUCCAUCCUUCCAAGGUCGGUAAAAUGAGGACCCAGAUUGUUGGGGGGCAAAUAUACUGACUCUGUAAACCGCUUAGAGAGGGCUGUAAAGCACUGUGAAGCGGUAUAUAAGUCUAAGUACUAUUGCUGUUUAGCGACCACUCGAAAUUAACAGCACUGAAAAAAAGCGACAUGGCCAUUUUUUACACUUAUGUCUGUUGCAACACCCCUACGAUCACAUGAUCAAAAUUUAGACAUUUGGCAAUAGACUCGUAUUUAUGACAGUUGCAGUGUCCCGGGAUCAUGUGAUCACCUUUUGCAGCCUUCUCCCGAGCAAAGUCAAUGGGGAAGAUGAAUUCACUUAACAGCCAUGUUAGUAACUUAACAACUUCAGUGAUUCACGUAACAAGCGUGGCAAGAAAGGUCAUAAAAUGAGGCAACAUUCGCUUAAUAACUGUCUCAACAACAGGGGUCCAUUUUGGUCGUAAGCAGAGGACUACCUGAAUAGAAUAUUUAAAGUAACGCAGACAUUUUCAUCCUUUGCCUGAAAACGUCAUGCGUUCUAUAGAUUUCCUCAGCACUCUAUAUACAAUGCCAACUUUUCGCAUAUUGCCGGUUAACAUCUUCCCAAGGAAAUUCUGCCUCCGUUCCCUCCCCAAGUUCAUACUGUGCCCGUGUGGAAUUUGGUGGGGUGUCUGGCAUUGACAAUCGACCAUUCGUCAAGAAGGAAUGGCAGGAAUGUCAUAAGAAUGCAGUACGUGAUUCUUUUCAAAUUUCCAGGUGAAUAGAAGCUGGAAGCAUGACUCUGUAGCUGUCAAGUCUGCCCUAGCUGGGCACGACCAAAGAAUUAAAAACGGUUCAGUAAA